CUUCUCUUUCAUUUCUUAAUAUUUUAUUUUUGAUAACAACUUUAUACCUUAUCUAAGCUAGUUAAAAAUAACACAGUAGAUAUUUUAAACUUUAGCAUUUUUAUAUUAUGAAAAAAUGUUUCUGGGGAUACAAAAUUAAUCUUUUUUAUAUAUACACACAAAUAAUUCCACUCUAUACAGAUUUUUACGAUAGCCUGGAACACAAUAUCACCAUCUAUUUAACUAACUGUAAUUUAAACAAUAUAAGGACAACAUGAAUAAAUGUAUGCAUGUAUACAUAAUUCGUACAUAUAUGAUAACAUAAUCUGAACCUAAGAUUUACAACGCAAUUAUUUUUUCAAAAUGUUAAACUUACUUAAAGUACAUUAAAUUUUAAAUAUUACGAAAUGGAACAAAGUAACGAUAACUUCAUGAAAAUAGGAUACAAAAUUGAUAUUUCUGAGAAAUUCAAAAAUAGUGAUUGGUACUAUCCGGCUUUAAAUUUUGUAAGAGAUCAAGAUGACCCAGAUGACCACGAACGAAUAAUCCACAAGAAUGGCCUGUGUAACGUGUCUCAGCAUACUCCCCGCUCCCAGAAAAUUUUCAUCUUCCGCUACUCCAAGUUAGUGGACUCCUCAUGGCUCUUCACGCUCUCUGUCUUCCUAGCCGUCUUGUUUGCCAGCUGGUUCACCUUCGCCUUGCUCUAUUUCGUCAUCUGUUACACCCACGGCGACCUGGAACCCGAUCACCUACCCGAGAACCAGGAGGCGAACGGCUACAAACCGUGCAUCUACGACAUCAGGGGAUUUUCUUCUUGCUUCUUGUUCAGUAUGGAGGCGCAACACACUCUGGGUUACGGUAUUAAAGCUCCCACGGAUGCUUGCGCCGAAGCUAUUUUUGUUAAUUCCAUCCAUUGUAUUAUUGGAUUUGUAAUGCAGGGGUUUAUGGCAGCCGUUAUUUUCUCAAAAAUGACCAAGCCCAGACUAAGAUCACAAACGAUACUAUUCUCCAAGAACGCGGUUAUCUGUCCGAAGGACGGUAAACUGUGCUUUGCGUUCAGGUUAGGGGAUAUACGGACACGGUACAUCAUAGCUGCUCAAGUACGAGCUUUUAUGGUGAAGACGAAGAGGACGGAGGAAGACGAGAAACUUCUCCACGCCCAGAUGGAGAUGAAGAUGCAGACAGAUGGCUGUGCGGAUAGCGUCUUCUUCAACUGGCCCAUCGUGAUGUAUCACGUUAUAGAUGAGAACUCCCCACUAUAUUUCAUAUCACCUAGCGAUUUGUGCCAUCAAAGGUUCGAAAUUAUGGUAAUAAUAGAAGGCGUUGAUGAGAACACGGGUCAAGUAGCUCAAGCUAAAAGCAGUUAUGUUCCCAAAGAAAUACUCUGGGGAAGUAGAUUCGUUUCCCUAUUAAAAUACGACGAACUUCGUGAGGAAUACGAAGUGGAUUUUUCCAAAUUUGACAGCUUAGUACCCAUAAGUACCCCACUCUGUUCGGCCGCAUAUACCGAUGAUUAUAUCGAAAUGCAAAAGUCCAAAGUUUCAUCACAUCUAAGGCUGGACUUUACACCUCGACAAAGCAUAGGAGAAAUUCCCUCCAAUAUUAUUUCUAAAUUCCAAACUAACAUAAGUAUAGAGAAUGAUACUUAAGUUGGAUACAUGGUUGGAUGAUUGGAUCCUUUUGGAUAUCUUUGCCGUAUGACCUUACUGGCACUUUUGAGUUUUUAUUCUACAUUACCUGAAGCCUGAAGUAACUCUUUAAUAUUAUAUUAAUCGUAACAAACCAACGGAUAUUAACGCAACUUUUAAACUGUUUUAAUAUUAUCCUUGUAUAUAAACAAGGAUAUUAUACAACCAUAUUUUAGAAGAUCACCCCCAUUCUAUUUGAUGGAAGAUAAAAAAAUGUGUGUAAGGUCAAAUAAAAAGUAAACAAG